AUGGCAAUCAAGGUUGCCGACUUCGUUAAAGGUGGUGCUUUAAACAGUCGUCUUUUCAAACUGCUGUGUAAAGAUAUGGAAUCUGAACAUAAAGCAUUGUUCUUUCACACAAACUGUGAAGUGACUGAUGUUUUGGAUGAAGUGCAAGAGGAGUUUCUUGAGCUGAAGUUCAACUCUCCAGCUAAGGAAGACUUCAAAGAACUGGAUCUUGAAACGUUCUGGAUCAAGUACCUUCCUCUUUAUCCUCUAAUCUUACAUCAGGCUCAUUGGAUUUUAGCUAUGUUUGGAUCCACAUAUCUCUGUGAAGCUGCAUUUUCCACGCUCAUUGCUGACAAGACCAAAUACAGAAACAGACUGAAUGUUGAAAGGGACUUACAUUGUGCACUCUUUGGCAUUCAACCAUGCAUUCAAGAUUUUGUAGCUAAGAAGCGGUGUCAAGUAUCUCACUAA